AUGGCGGCGGCGCUGCUGGCGCGGCUGUGCCGGAGCGCCCCUUGGGCGCGGGGCACCCCCGGGCUCCGCGCCGUCCGCCCGCCCCUCGCCGCCGCCGUCCCGCCGCCGCUCCGCCGCCCCGCCGCGCCCCUGGGGCCGCGCAGCUUCUCGGCGGCCGAGCUGGUGCGCGCCGCGCCGGCCCCGCUGCAGCCCUACCUGCGGCUCAUGCGGCUGCACCAGCCCGCCGGGACGUGGCUGCUGUACCUGCCGUGUACGUGGAGCAUCGGGCUGGCGGCCGCGCCCGGCUGCCUCCCGGACUGGCGCACGCUGUCCCUGUUCGGCGUGGGAGCCGUGCUCAUGCGAGGGGCCGGCUGCACCAUCAAUGACAUGUGGGACCGCGACUAUGACAGACAGGUUGCAAGGACAGCAAGCAGACCCCUGGCAGCUGGAGAUAUCUCCACUUUCCAGUCCUUGGUUUUUCUCGGAGGACAGCUCAGCCUGGCACUCUGUGUGCUUCUGUGCCUGAAUUACUACAGUAUCAUUCUGGGAGCAGCCUCUUUAUCUCUUGUGAUCACCUACCCUCUGAUGAAGAGAAUAACAUACUGGCCACAGCUAGUUUUGGGACUUACAUUUAAUUGGGGAGCCCUUCUUGGCUGGUCUGCCAUCAGAGGGUCGUGUGAGUGGUCUGUGUGCUUGCCCUUGUACUUUGCUGGGGUGAUGUGGACGCUGGUGUACGACACCAUUUAUGCACAUCAGGAUAAGAGGGACGACAUCAUGAUCGGUGUGAAGUCAACGGCGUUGCAGUUCAAGGAGGACACGAAGCAGUGGCUCAGUGGCUUCAGCCUGGCCAUGCUCCUGAGUCUGUGCGUGGCAGGGAUGAACUGCAACCAGACCUUCCCGUAUUACUCGGCUGUGGCUGCCGUAGGGGCUCACCUGGCACACCAGAUUUACACUUUGGACAUAGACAAGCCUGAAGACUGUUGGAAAAAAUUUGCUUCAAAUCGUACUGUAGGAAUUCUGCUCUUCCUAGGGAUUGUGCUUGGAAAUCUGUGGAAACAAAAAGACUUCAAAAAUGUAGAAGAGCCUUCAGAGAACAGAUAGUUGAAAUCACUAUACUGAUAUUUUAGUCUAACUGAAGUGUAAAUAUUGUAAGAAGGAAAACACUUUUAAUAUAAAUAUAGCAGGUUUAUAUUAUUUAUUUAUAAAAGCUGGUGGAAACAUUCUUGUUUCUGAAAUCAUGCAAUUGAGAUAAUUCUACAAUGAAGUUUUGGUUAUCUGGGAAUAACUUCAAUCUGCAUAGAAGCUCCAAAACGUGAAGCUGCUCUGCGAGUCCUGUGUAGUAGCAGCAGACUUCUCUCAAGCUCUGGUUACUGUGAACCCAAGAUUUUAUCUGAAGCAGGUGUCUCUUAGUGACAGCACGGGUAAAAAUGCAAAGUAAUUUUUGGAUGUAAAUAAAAUCUGGCUGUACAUGUU